CGCGUGCGCACACGUACAGCCGCUCUAUGACGGGCGAAUACAGAUCAGUGUGCAAUAACCAGGAGAAUAUUUUGGCUUAUUUUGUGACAGUUUCACAUGGAAAAUUAAAUCGUAGCAGCUUGUUUUCAGAAUAAUUAUGCUUGCAGCAAUUGUGAUUGAGUACUAACGAGAGAACCAUGUGUGACAAUGUGAAUAACAAUCCGUUCGCUGGGUUGUUUUCAACUAUCAACGAUGCCGUGUCAUUCUCCUCUCAGAGUCAGGCAAUUAUCAACGAAAGUAACAGAAUUAGUUACGUUACGCAACUUGAGGACGAGAACGUUGACAAUGCUGUGGGGGCGAAAAAUUUUCAAAGUUCCAAAGACUCGGGAAUCGACGAUCAGGUUAAUCGUCUUCUCAGCGAUGUGCUUGGAAUAACGUUACACAGAUCAGAAGCAAACGUGCACCAAAAACAGAGAUUGGUUUUCGUCAAUGUCGACACAGUCGAGCAGGCAAUUUUCGAACGGUUAAUGUCAUCUGACCUCGAGUCUAAAUUAAUACCAACAGAAGAUUCUCAGCAGAUUUUCACCGAUCCUCAUACAACGGAGAAGCAAGUACUACCUUAUCUGUUUGAGAGUUAUUGUCGAUUGCAACAGUAUCAAAACGAGCCUGAAUUGUCUGAUGUCCUUUGUAAAAUAAGUCAGGUUAUAUUGCAAAAUGCAAGCGUUGCGCUACAGGAGUCAGAAUUGUUUGAAGAGCAAGAGAUUCACAAGCAGUUUAUUACGUUGUGUAUAGAUGAAACUGGGCCCAAGCUAGAAUUUAUACUAUUUGUGAACGGUAUUGUGUCAGAAUUACAAAAUGAAAAUGAAAAGAAUGCAACAGAUGCAAUAGCUGCAUCUUUCAAUCCUAUUCUUGAUAUUAUUUACAAAGAAGCGGCACAAAGUAAUCUUGUUCUUUUUCGUCAAUAUUGGUUUACUAUAUUAAAUCUUUUUUCCUCGAUAGAGCCCUUAGCCAAAUUAGUUAUUGAUCAUAGUACUCCUAGAAACAAUCAAGGCCGGGCAUACGCAGAUACAUUAUUAGGUGCGCUUUUCAGCUUGAGCUGUUUACCAAAAACAAUAGAAGAGCCAUUCUAUUUUUUUGAGAAACCACUGCAACAGACUUCAGCUACUGUUGAAGGAAACAUUUGGACAGCCUUAGAUGCAUUAAAUGAGUCAUUGCAAAAGGUCUUUCACUUAUUGUUAAAGUGUUCAAAGGAGGUUCGUCAUUUAACAUUACAAUGGAUAGGCAAUUGUCUUCAUUCUAAUGCAAAUAGAGGAAAAAUUUGGAAUGCUCAGAACGAUGUUAGUUUCAGUUCAAUGUUGUGUGUUUCUGAUGGUUUUAUGUUGAAUUUAGGAAAUAUGCUAUUGCGUCUUUGUCAACCAUUUUGCAUUAAACAAAACGAUUCCAAAGUGCCUAAAAUUGAUCCAACAUACUGCGCUGUAGAUAUUAAUGAUCAAGAUGAAUGUGCAAAUCCAAGUAUACAUUUAAAAGGGAUGUCCUCGGAAACUUGUUUGAUACCAAUGUCAGAAGGUGGUGCAAGACCUGUUGCAAAAGCAUUUGGAUUUACUACUGAAUGCUUCUUUUUAACUCAUAGAGCGUUAGACCUUGGAUAUAGAGUAGUGUUAGACAAACUUUUAAGAACAAACCAGGAUUUAGUAAGAAUACAAAGAGUGUAUCAAGAUGCACAGAAUGGUGGCAGAUCUGAAGUAUUUGAAAUAAUAACGCAACGCAUGGAAGAAGAAAUGACCAAGUAUCUGUCUCUAAGAGCAAGCCUUUUAGUACCAGAUAUGUUGAAACUCUUAGCAAAAUUUCAUGCAACAACAGCAUUUUGGUUAGUACAAGUAUACUUGAAUGAUGUAAAGAUCGGAGAAAAUGCAGAAAAUGAUUACAUUCCAAAGGAAUGUAAAGAAGUGACGUUUCCUUUGCCAGAAACUGUUCCAGAUACUCUGAGAUGCAUUCCUGAAUUUGUAGUAGAAAAUACUAUUAGAUUUUUGUAUUUAUUACGCCGUUUAAAUCCAAAUGUUUUUGAAGAACAAGGGCCAUCUUUCUUGACACCUGUGCUGACGGAGAUCAUAGUAUUAAUGGAGUCUCAACAACGUUUAUAUAAUCCUCAUUUACGUGCUCGUUUGGCGGAAGGCUUAGAGGCUCUUUUACCUACAAGCGAUGAAACUAUGAACCCUGUAACACCAAGCUUAGGAACAUUCCAUAGAGAACAAUUAUUUAUUACACAUCCAUAUAGGCAAUAUAUUGUUCCGAAUUUACUUAAAGUGUUUGUGAGCAUUGAAAUGACUGGGCAAAGUGUGCAAUUUGAACAAAAGUUUAAUUAUCGGAGACCAAUGUAUGUUGUCAUGGAGUAUUUGUGGAAAUUACCAGAACAUCGUAAUAAUUUCAUUUCUUUGGCAGAAGAGGCAGAAGCCAAUAUGGAAGCAGCUCAACCUCCAUUAUUUUUGCGUUUUAUAAAUCUUUUAAUGAAUGAUGCAGUUUUCCUAUUAGAUGAAGCACUCUCAAGUAUGGCUCAAUUAAAACAACUGAUUCAAGCAAGGGAGAGUGGAGAAUGGAACCUGUUACCACAACAUGAACGUGAUCAACAGGCUCAUUAUCUCUUACAUCUUGGAAUGAUUGCUCGAUUUGACAAUAUAUUGGGCAGAAAAACUAUAUACACAUUAAAAAUGUUAACUACAGAAAUAAAAUCUAUCUUUUGUCAUCCAACAAUGGUGGAUCGUAUUGCUUCAAUGCUUAAUUAUUUGUUACUCCAAUUGGUUGGGCCAAAUAAAAAAAAUUUGAAGGUUAGUGGUCAGAAAGAAUAUGCGUUCAAUCCAGCAAAUUUAGUAUUAAAUAUAUGCGAAAUUUAUAUAAAUCUUAGUCAAAAUGAAUCUUUUACGCUUGCUGUUUCACAAGACGGUCGUUCAUACAGUCCAGAACUUUUCAAAUUGGCUGAUAAUGUUCUUGUUCGUAUUGGUGGCGUGGGUAUAUUAGGCGAUUUAGAUCAAUUUGCAAAAAAUGUCGAGGCAGCUGCAAGUCAUAAGAAGGAGGAAGACGAAAUUUUAAUCGAUGCUCCCGAUGAAUUUCUUGAUCCAAUUAUGUCUACUUUGAUGACAGAUCCUGUUGUUCUCCCAUCAUCAAGGAUAACUAUAGAUCGUCAAACCAUUGCAAGGCACUUAUUAAGCGAUCAGACCGAUCCGUUCAACCGAUCUCCUCUUACCAUGGACAUGGUAAAAUCAAAUGUUGAACUUCAGCGUAGGGUACAAGAAUGGAUACAACAAAAAAAGCAGGAGAAAACGAGGAGUUGCCAUUGAUUACCAAAGAAUGAAACAUAAUCAGUAAAUUACAAAGUAUAAUUUUCACGUCUAAUAUUUUUCAAAUGUUUUAAUGAAAAUUUAAUUUUCAUGAUUUCAGGUAAUGAAUAUGA